AACUCCUUCCGAUCCUAUUGGUUCCUGCAAUCGCAUUCCAGAACAUAAAUAGUAUCCACCCCAUGUUUCUCAAGGAGCAAGCCAUUUCCAAUGUCAUGGUUGCUUAAACCAGCCUUCACACAUCUCAAGCUUAUAUACAUCAGCCAGGUUGCACUAGCAAGACCUGUGCAUUUAUAGGGAUUGCACAUGCAUCUUGGUAGUAGUGUGAGCAUAAAGGUGUGAGGUUCAUAUACACUCACAGCUAGCUGCCAUGGUUGCAUUCAAGCUGAGGCUGAGACAUUUCUGUUUCGCAGUUGCGCUUUCAUCCAUUGCCAUCUCUUGUUGCAGAGGGCAAGGGGGAGCAGCAGGUGGUGCAGGGGGCGCAGCAGGUGGUGCGGUGGUGCCCGGAACACAGGAUGCCAUACAGAUUGUGGCACAGGCUGCUCUCUGCUUUGACAAUAGACAGGUGAUGAACGGGUGUCUCCAAGCAAUGGGCAUCAACGUCAAUGGCAACAGCAACGGCGGCGGCGGAAACAGCAACGCCAAUGGCAGUGGCACUGGCAACGGUGGUAGCGGCAAUGGCAACAACAACGGUGGCAGUGGCACUGGCAACGGUGGUAGCGGCAAUGGCAAUAGCAACGGCAAUGGCGGGUCAACGGCAAGCAUGUGCCAAGGGCCGUGCUUCGGGCAGAUGAUGCUGAUGAUGAACUGCGUGAAUGGCAUCCUGGGCAACAUCCAGGGCUACAGCCCCGGACUCAUGCAGGGCGUCCAAGCCGUCUUCCAGAUGUCCUGCGGCAAUGUCGGCAACGGCCAGCAGGGUGGCGGUGGGGCUGGUGGUGGAGGUGCCGCUGGAGCUGGUGUCGGAGGUGCCAGCGGUACUGGUGGAGCCGGUGUCGUCGGUGGUGGUACCGCUGGUGGCGGAGGUGCCACUGGUGCUGGAGGUGUUGCCGGGGGUGGCGGCAGUACGGCCAGCAAUGAUGUUACUACUGGUGGCACUACGACUCCAAAUGGAGGCUCACAAGUGGCGGUAAGCAAUCUAGGUGAGCCAACCAGCGGAGCGGGCGGGCCCACGGCCAGUCUCACCAGCGGGUUUCCCUCGGUGCUAGUGACGUGGACGUGUAUAUGGCUACUGCGGCUGUUCUAGCUUCGAUGAAAUGAUUGAUUAGUGAUGAUGAGAACGUUGCAAGAAACUGUGUUUCGUUUCUGUACUUUUCUAGGUAGCACAGUAGUAAGUAAUUUCAAUUUUACCUUCUGCGAGGAUUUUAUGUAAAGCCAGCAUGUGACUUCUCCAUUUGAAUAUAUAAUCAAGGAAUUCUGCAGUGGUUUGUUCAA